AUGCCGAGGUCAGCCACGGCUCCCGACACGUUUCCUCCGGCAGCCGGGGAGGGCCAUGGCAGCGGGGUCGGCGCUGGAGAGGGACGGCGCGGGCAGCAGAGGCCAGCCCAAGCCGGGGCCGAACGCCACCACAGCCGCAGGGGCCCCGCGCCCCUCAGCCCGCCGCGUCCCGCCGCCGGCAUGAGGCGGGCCGGGCCCUGGUGCCUGCUCCUGGCUGCGGCCUGCGCCCUGGGCCGGAGCCCGCCCUCCCCGCGGGCCGCCGUGCGCUGCCUGGCCGCCGGCACCUGCUUCAGCGCCCACCUCGCCAACGUCUCGUACGCCGAGGCCCGCGGCGCCUGCGACCAGCUGCGGGGCAGCCUCGCCUGGGUCACCGGCAAGCAGGAGCUGGACCUGCUGCUGGAGCUGCUGGCAGACGCGGCGGUGCCCGCGCCCGCAGUGUUCUGGGUCGGGCUGAAAAGGAGCGCGUCCGCCUGCACCCACAACGAGCAGCCGCUCCGCGGCUUCUCCUGGGAGGGCGUCGAGGGUGGAACGGCCCCGCAGGAGGUGCCGGCUGCGCUCGGCCAGUGGUGGCAGGAGCCCCUGCCGUCCUGCCUCACCGCCCGCUGCGCUGGGCUGCACCUGGCUCCUGACCCUGAGGACGACCGCAGAUGGGGCUGGAAGGAGCAGGUCUGCCGGCUGAAAAGCCCGGGCUACCUCUGCAAGUACCAGUACGAGGGCGCCUGCCCCGACCUCCGUCCCGCGGGCGCCCUUGAGCUCGGCUAUCGGCUCCCCUUCAAGGAGCACAGCGGCGGCCCCGGUUUCAGCCCGCCGGGCACCGUGCUGACAGUGGCGUGUCCCGGCGGGGAGGUGCGGCUCACCUGCCAGCCCGAGCCGGGCGGCUUCGCCUGGAAGGCGGCAGAGAAGCCCCUCUGCCCCUGCCUCUUCGGCCGCACGACCCCCGACAGCGGGCGGUGCGCCGAGGCCGCCGGGUGCCGCGAUGCCGCCGGCGGCUUCGCCUGUGCCUGCAUCCCGGGCGGCCCGGACGGAACUCCCUGCCCGGGCACGGGGCCGGCCCCCACCGCUACAGGUGGCCCCGCCGAACCGUCGGGUGCCAGGGCGGAAGGGCAGCGUCCUUCUAUCCCGACACCCGGUGGUUCCACGGAGCCGCCCGCCACGGCCGCCGCCGGCGGAGAGAAGACGGCUGCUCCGCCGCCUUCCUCCUCCUCCUCCUCCUCUUCUUCCAACUACGUUUUCAUCCUGGUGACGGUCGCUGUGGUGGUGCUGGUCAUCCUGGUCAUGACCGUCCUGGGGGUGUUCAAGAUCUGCUUUAACAAGAAGUCCGAGGGCCGCGGGGACAAGGAGCCGCCGGAGGCCGGCAGCAAGGCAGAGGCAGGCUCCGCGGAGCCCAGCGGCGCAGCGGGCGGUGAAUAG